AAUGGCUUCAUUAAGUUUGGUAGGAACAGACUCAUCACCAGCAUUUUUAGAAUUUAUAAGUCUUCCUCAUUCAACAUCUCGAAUAACAAUAGAUAGAGCUGUGAAAUGGACAUUUAAUGAGGACAUAGUGUUAUCUAUAUCACCUUUGGAAUUUUAUACAUCUGCAGAAAAAGCCUCUUUUCAUUCAUUAAGAAUACAAGGUAACUUUUAUUAUAAAAAUCAACCUUAAUGGAUGCUUUGGUGGUAAGAAAACUAUUGGUAGUAACCAGUAGAUUGGAGUGAUAACUCAAUAUCUACAUGUGGAGGUAUCAGUAUGUUGGGUGGUUAUGGUAAAUUUGCAGGAGGGGAAGUUCAGAAAACCUUUGUUGAAUUACCUCAACAUAGUAAAGUGAGAAUUGUAGCAAAUUAUCAUUUUAUAGAUGGAUGGGGUGGAGAAACAGGAUUCUUAAGAGUCAGCAUAGGAAGAAUGGAUGGAAUGGAAUAUGUAUGGACAGAGAAAUAUGACUAUUCUAAAGUGAAAAAUGGCAUUUCUGUAUGUGGAAGUAGAUAUCCUGAAGGAAAGUUGACUUCGGUUAUUGAUGUUUCAUUUCCACAUACGAAAGAUACAAUUAAAUUGGGUUUUGGAAGUACCUUAGAUAAUGAUCCACUGGAGAAUUCAUUCGGAAUAUCAAAUUUGUAGAUUUAUCUUAUCUGAUCUGAUAAUUAAUUUAUUUAUUUUGUGACAUUUUUCACAAAUGAUAAUUAGAAGGUGUUCAAUUUCUAAUUCUACAUCUCAAAGAUCAUAAUCUUAAAAGUAAUAACUAAGUAUAUACUUAUGUAGAAUGUCAGAAAAUGAAUAAUGCAAUAGUAAUUCUCACUUCUCAACAUGCUGCAGUAAUACUUCAUCAGAAAUUGAUGAAAUUGAUGACCCUUUGAAUUAUGCAUCCUUUAAUGAUUUCCAAUCUGUCUUGCCUCUUGUCAUUAAUGGUGUCAAAAUACAGAAAGUAACUUGGGAUCUCUUCUCAGCCCCUCCAAAUGUAUAUUCAUAAUGGAAGGCACAUUGCUUUUGGACUGUUGGUUAUACCUAUGAUUUUACAAUGAAAAAAAUGAAGCAUAGCAACAAUAUAAGAUAUAGAUUAACAAUAAAUGCUUGGUGUUGUUUAAACAGUAAAUCAUGGGUUAAGAAUAAAUGGGAUCGUUUGUUGGAACAUGAAACUGGGCAUUAUCUUAUUGGAUGUUUAUGUGCUUUAGAAUUUAAAGCAAGGUAUAAUUACCCUAACCUAUUGUAGAGCUGAUAAAUCUAAAUUCACUAAGAACUAUAGACUCGAAUCAAUGAAAAUCUUCUAAGAUACAUUUUAGGAGUAUCUCUCCUUAGAAAGAAGGUAUGAUGAAGAAACCAAUCAUAGUCAAAAUAUUAGCAAAUAAAAGGAGUGGAAUGAAUUCAUCAUUAAGGAAUUACAAAAAUACUGA